AUGUCUGCCAAGCGAAGGUCAUCUGGCAAGUUUGCGCCACCCGUCGUCAAGCCGACUAUUCGAGCUCCCAAGACGACGAUUGAUGAGAGCAGAGCUGCGGUAUCCGCAACAGACUCGUUACAAGCCGCCGUCAAGGAUAACGCCGAGCCAAUCGAGAUUUCCUCCGACGAGGAGAGCGAGGAAGAUGUUUCGGACGAGGAGAUGGAAUCCCCCGAUGCUGAGGGCGGUGAAGCACAGGAGAACGUGAACGGAAAGGAGAACGCUGCCGCCGAGAAACAAACACAACAAAAGACCGAUGCCGAUGGCGCAGAGUCUGAAGAUGAAGCCGGAUCCCCCACCUUUGGAGAGUUGCUGAGAGGCACAAUCGACGUCCCUGCCAUUCUUUCGCAACAAGGAGAGAACACCAAGGCCGUCGUUCCCCUUUCCUCGAGAAAGAGCCUUGCCCCGCCGUCCCUAUCCUCCCUGAGCACCGUCCUCACCCAGGCGCUCAAGACCGAAGACACCGACCUUCUUGAGUCGUGCUUGCAAAUCACCCACCUCGAGACCAUUCAGCAAACAAUUGAGCGCCUCGACAGCAGCCUCGCUGGCGUCCUCCUCACCAAGCUCGCCGCGAGGUUCCACAGGCGGCCCGGCCGUGCUGGCAGCCUCAUGACCUGGGUGAAAUGGACACUCGUCGCACACGGCGGCGCACUGGCGGUUCAGCCCAAGGUCCUUGACCGGUUGGUCUCCCUGCAAAAAGUGCUUAACGAGCGCUCGCGGGGUCUGCCCAGUCUCCUGGCCCUCAAGGGCAAGCUCGACAUGUUGGAGGCGCAGAUGCAGCUCAGAAAGACGCGGUCGCGCAGAAGUCGCGCGCACCAGAUUGAGGAUGGUGAUGAAGAGGAAGACGACGAGGAUGAGGAUGCCAUCUACGUUGAAGGCGAGGAGGAUGAGGAAGACCUUGACAUGGCCAACGGCCCUGCGGUGUUCCGGGUCUCUCUCACCGAUCCAUCCCGGUUCACCGGCUUCCCAACGGCUCCACAUUUCCCGCUUUGGGAUACGGAGGCACGAAACUCCAUGUCCAGAUCCACCAGUGAUCCCCUCUACGACCUCGUUCCCGCCAACCAGGCACGGCAAAUGCAACCUCAAUUCAACUUAAUCGGCCGCCUGACCACAAACCUCCAACAGAUAACCGACUUCGGCCCCAACCCCACAAACGUCUCCUUCUACCUCUACGUCCCAGACUCCCUCAUCCCCAAUGCGCCCCUCUUGGUCUUCCCGCACUGGUGCCACGGCACCGCCCAGAACGCGUUCGACUGGAAACCCUGGCGGCCUCUCGCGGACAAGCUGGGCUUCGUGACGAUCUACCCCUCGUCGCCCUGGACAGCGGACAACUGCUGGGACGUCUCCUCGCCGCAGACCCUCAGCCACGACGGCGGGGGCGACUCGCUGGGCAUCGUCAGCAUGGUCCGCUGGACGCUGGAGAACUACGACGUCGACCCGGACAGGGUGUUCUCCCUGGGCACCAGCUCCGGCGCGAUGAUGACGAACGUGCUGCUCGGUUCGUACCCGGACGUCUUCGCCGCCGGGUCUGCCUUUGCCGGCGUCCCGUUCGGAUGUUACGCGGCCGACGGCUACGCGGUGUGGUCUGAUGCCUGUGCCAAGGGGCAGAUCACGCACACCGGCGAAGAGUGGGCUGCGAUCGUCAAGGCGGCGUAUCCGGAGUACGACGGCCCGCGGCCAAAGAUGCAGGUUCUGCACGGCGAUGUGGACGACGUGCUCAACGUCACCAACUUUCGCGAGGAGAUCAAGAUGUGGACUUCGGUGUUGGGGCUCAGCGAGACCCCGACGGAGGUUGUGGAGAACAACCCUGUUGAAGGAUGGACGAAGAGCGUCUAUGGAAAGAGGGGGCUUUUCGAAUCGUUCCUUGCGCAUGGGGUUGACCACAACAUCCCGGAUCAGGCUGAUGAGGUUGUGAGGUUCUUCGAGCUGGAUUGUGUUGGUGAGGGGUGCUUUUCAAGAAAGUCUCUGCCUGGAACUUGUGUGAAGAGACGCGAUAUUACGUAUUGA